AUGGCAGCAGCAGCGUGGUGCCGACCUGCACCGGAGCCGUUGCGCAAAUCGCUGCUCCACGCAACGCUGCUGCCUAGCUCAUUUGCUACUAUAUCUGUCAAUAUUAACUCUAUUCCCAUACUUAAUGGGACAAAUUUCAAGGAUUGGAAGGAGAACAUAUUGAUUGUUCUUGGCUGCAUGAAUCUAGACUUUGCUCUUCGGACCGAGCAACCCACUUCUCUUACGGAAGAAAGUUCACCUGAUGAAAAGAGGAACUUUGAGAAGUUGGAUUGCUCAAAUCACAUGAGUCUGAUGAUCAUUAAGCGCGACAUUUCGGAAGCCUUUAGAGGUGUAGAUACCGAAGAGGUAUCUAAUGCCAAGGAGUUCCUUGCUGAAAUUGAGAAGCGUUUUGCUAAAAACGAUAAGGCUGAAACAAGCACUCUUUUGUAG